UGUAGUUUCAGUAAUGCCCGUUAUGGCGAAGUGCAUGUGUAGGUGUUUAUCUUAUUUACAUUAAAUAAUGGAUUAUUUUGAAUAGUGAAAUAUUAUUAUUAGAUUGAGAAACUAAUAUAGUAUCAAAAAUGUUAAUCAGGGAAGGAAAAAUUAGUUUAUUUUCUUUUAUUAUAUCACUGAUAGUUUCAAUUCUUCCUGAAUUACUUUUGAGGUUAGAAUUUGAUUACUAUCAACAAUAUAUUGAAAAUAUUUGGAUUUUACACGCACUACAGUUUAUUCUCUUGAAUUUUUUAAUAAUUCUUACAUUUCGAGGAUUUUCUUAUCAAGUUGCAGUGAGAGCAGCACUUUUGGGAUAUAUUUUUGGAAUUGGAAUUUUAAUUUUUGCAUUAGCACCAGAAUCAUGGCGUAUGUUUGGAAUCUACGCAUCCGUCCUCUCAUUCUUUCAUUAUUCGGAAUUUAUGACAAUUGCAUGGACAAAUCCAAAUGCAAUUUCAAUUGAUAGUUUUAUAUUAAAUCAUAGUAUGGCUUAUGGAAUAGCUGCAUGUUCCAGUUGGUUCGAAUUCAUCGUUGAACGAUAUUAUUUCCCUUCAAUGAAGGUGCCAUCGUCUAUUUCUUAUUUUGGAUUUAUAAUGUGUUUUUGUGGAGAGAUUUUAAGAAAACUAGCUAUAUUUACAGCUAAACGAAAUUUUAAUCAUUUAGUUCAAACAGAGAAAACUGUUGAUCACGAGCUAAUUACUCAUGGUGUUUAUAGAAUGUUCCGACAUCCAAGUUACGUCGGAUGGUUUUACUGGUCCAUUGGUACUCAGUUAAUUCUUCAGAAUCCAUUUUGCUUCCUUUCAUAUGUAAUGGCAUCAUGGAAAUUCUUUAAUGAUCGUGUUAAAAUUGAAGAAAUAAUGCUUCUUAAUUUCUUCGGUGAAGAAUACAUAGAAUAUCAAAAUGAAGUGGGCACUGGUUUGCCCUUCAUUUCCGGCUAUAAAAUUGAUUUAUAGUAAAUAUAAAUUAAUAUUGGACUGAAAAUUAUUACGGGUAAAAAUGUAAAAAAAAUGCAGCAUCAAAAAUAUGUAAUUUUAAAAUAACACAAAAAAAAGUUAAUAUUAAUUUAUAAACUUAUUUUCUAGUCUAAAAAAAAAAUUAUAUUUUCUAUCAAACGCUUGUAAACAAUUUUUAAUAUAUGUUAAUAUUAUUUUAACAAGCAAAUUAAUUUUAAUAAAAUAUAAAUUAAAAUCAAUUUUUAGCAAAAUUA